AUGGAUAAUAAGGAGCUGUUCGAAAGGGAUAACGAAGAACAUCCAUGCAAGGAUGGAGAACUUCACGUUGUGUUAGGUGGUUACGAUUGUUAUUUGAAAAGAAAUGCAUUUCUUUGUUGGACAGGAUAUGUUCAAUUGCCAAAACAUCACCCAAUGUUCAAUAAAUGUUACGAAAACAUUCAAUGCCAUGUGCAUGGUGGUUUGACCUAUGGAAAGGAUGGUAGAUUUGGUUUUGAUUGUGGCCACAUUGGUGAUUACCUUCCUGUAUUUGAUGUGGAAAAUUUUGCUCAUGUUAUUGAGCGAGAUCAAAAAAAGGUGGUGUACAGGGAUUACAAUUUUGUUGUUGAUAAUUUAAGGGUAUUGACAGAAUUUUUCGAGUCACACGAAACUGUUUCCGAUAUUGAUUUAAGGGUUUCACAGCAAAAUGGGUCUUCAGAAUCACAAGUCAAGUCAAUGUACGAUUCCUAUAUGUCAGCACGUCGAAUGUUUGACCAAUCAAAACAAAAGUAAUUAAAAUUAUCACUUUUAUGAU